UCGAUUUAUUAACAUUUAAAAUUUUAGUAAUUAUUAAACACUUAAAUUAAUUGAGUAUGUAACAUUUUGAUCGCAUCAACAAACCGCGAUCAUCAAUUUCACAAAAUAUUUACAAUAUGAAAACUUAACAAUUUUUUUAGUACAUCAACCAAAAUAACAUUCAUCAACAGAAAGAAAUAAGUUAUUGAACAGGACAAAAUGAGUCGACGUCCAGGUCUAACAAGAACUGAACAACUUCGUCAAGCCAAAACUGCCAGAGAGCUUGAAAGGAUGCAAGAAAGAGCUGCAAGACUUCCUCCACCAGAACCAUUAAAAGUACGCAAACGGUACAUUAGGCCUGAACCAAAAAAACUGGACUUUGCUAAACCAGGAAUGACUAAAGCAAUGUUAGCUAGAAUAAAACAAGCUGAAAAAUUUAAACAAGAAUAUGAACGUAAGCGUGAAGUUCAAGUACCUAAGAGAACACCUGCACCAAUAGGAGGUGAUCCCAGAUUUGGUAGGGAAAGAAUACCACCAAAGCGUCCUCCACGCGCACCUCCGGCUGUAACUCCACGACCUGUAACUCCAGUCGCUGGACCUAGUGUGCCCCGUGUACCUACUCCUCCUAGAAGACCUGUUACUCCAAAGAAACCUAUACCUAAAAAAACCACUGAUUUAGCUAAAAUGAUGAAUGCUGAUGUAAUUCAAGCUGAACCAGUUGGUGAUGGUGUAAUAAAUAAUAUUGUAAUACCUCCUGGAGCAGUAAAUGAAGAACGUACUACCAUUAUUAGUGUAGCACAACCACCUGUAGAAGAAACACAAAUAUCACAAGCAGCUAGUCGUUCAAUUCAAGUGAUCAGUGAAACUCUUAAUGAGCAAGAUGCUGCAGAAUCUGCAGCAGUUCAAAGUAAAUUAGCAGAUUUGCAACAAGCUAGGAGAGAUUUUGUUAUUGCGGCUGCAAAUGUUGGUGCUAGUGCUUUCGCUCUUGAAGAUAUCACUCCUCCUGAAUUCUUAUAUAGAGUUCCUGAAUUACAUGAAGAAUUUUUACAACCUGAAUAUGGUAUAGACCAUCCAGAUAUUAUUGCUGCUCGUGAACAUAUGAGAAAAGUUAAAGCUGAGAUACAAGCAAGAGAAGCAGCUAAAAGAAUAGAAGAAGAAUUUGAAAGACUUGAAAGAUUACAAGCAGCUGCAGAACAACCAGAAGAAGUACCAGUAGAUGUACCAGUACCUUUAGAAGAAGAUAUUGCUUGGGAAGAACGAGAAGGCAUAAGAAUAAAAGCUCAUAUUCCUCCUGUUCCUAAAUUACCAGAACCUUAUCAAUAUGAACCCUUUGAUCCUGAACAAUUAGAAAGAUUUUUUGAUAUUCAAACUUAUCCACCUUGUGAACCAUGUGGACCACCACCAGGUAGAGAACAUUUACCUCCUGAUUUGUGGGAAUUAGAAGAUCCAUGGUAUAAACCACCUCCAGAAGAUGAGCCAGAUUUAAUGGAAUUUUCAGAUUUAAUAAAAUUUUGAGUAAUCAAAAAUUUUACAUUUCUAAAGUUUGCUAUAUAUAUUUUUUUAUUUUAAUUUGCUGUAAAA